CAACCGGGUGCUGCCACUCGUUUUCAAAGGCUGCCAUCGUGAUAGAAAGUUUUUCAAGAGUCGUCGACUUUCGUGUUUUUUGAGGCCUGUGUAUUUUCCAGAGACGGGCGUUGUGCUUGUUUUACAAAAGGUAUUUACAUAACCAGCCACCGAUAUGGGGAAUAUAUUCGCAACGUUGUUCAAAGGCCUCUUUGGAAAAAAGGAGAUGAGGAUUUUAAUGGUGGGACUCGAUGCAGCUGGUAAAACUACAAUUCUGUACAAAUUAAAAUUAGGCGAAAUAGUCACGACGAUCCCAACUAUAGGUUUCAAUGUAGAGACAGUCGAGUAUAAAAAUAUUAGUUUCACUGUUUGGGACGUAGGUGGUCAAGACAAAAUUAGACCACUAUGGCGACAUUACUUUCAAAACACACAGGGACUGAUAUUCGUGGUUGACAGUAACGACAGAGAACGUAUCGGAGAAGCUCGCGAAGAAUUAAUGAGAAUGUUAGCCGAAGACGAACUAAGAGAUGCUGUUCUUCUCAUAUUUGCCAACAAACAGGAUUUGCCGAAUGCAAUGAACGCGGCAGAAAUCACGGACAAGUUGGGUUUGCAUUCACUCCGCAAUCGCAACUGGUACAUUCAGGCAACAUGCGCGACGAGUGGUGACGGUCUCUACGAAGGGCUUGAUUGGCUCUCCAACCAGUUAAAGAAUGCCAAUCGCUAAUCGAGGCGUUACUCCGACAACAUUCAGUUGCUAUAUUAACAUCAACCAACAGAAAAACCGCCGGCCCUCUCCCAAGUGAAGAAGUAAUCCUGCUCGACGCGGGUCAACUCUUUUUAAGACAACCGCGCUUCUCAGAAGAAAAGUAAAUACAACAGGUCGCAGCAGAUCCUGCUGAAAAAAUUAGUGGCAAAUAUUAAGUUUGGGUGAGGGGCGAGGGCUGGGGGAAUUAAUAAUCAACGAGUGACUGCGGAGAAUCGGUCACACCGGACUAUAAUUGCCUCGUGCAACAUCUUAUUAUUAUUAUUAUUAUUAUUAUUAUUAUAAUUAUUAUACUAGCGUCAUAGUUACACUUUUUACACAGAGAAUUACCACGAGAGAGCGUGGGGAACUUGAGAGUAAUAUUGUAUUAAAGUAAGAGAAAUUAAAUCUACACUAUUGAUUUCAAUUAGUUCUCAGCCGAUUCCUUAGUGAUCCAGACAGCCGCGUGGAGGAAAGAAAAUUAUUAAUCGCAAUGUUGUCAGUUUGAAAGUUUGAAUGUGUUGAACAUGCUAAUUAUUGCAUAAUGUAGCUGCAUAUUGUACAUUAUUACA